AUGAAGAUUGUUGCUUGGAAUGUUAGAGGUGCUGGAAAAAGAGGUGCUGGAAAAGAAAGUUGUGCUAUGACUAUCAAGGAUUUAAAAAAGGCUUAUGCCAUAGAUGUGUUCGCUAUUCUUGAGCCCAGAAUUAGUGUCCCUAGGGCUCUUAUUAUUGCCCAGAGUUUGGGUUUCUCUCAUCACCACAUUAUUGAUGCUACUGGCUUCUCUUUGGGGGUUGGGGGGGGGGGGGGGGGGGGGGGUGGUGGAAUCUGGUUGUUGUGGAAUGGGAAUUCUGUCUCUCUCCAUGUGGUUGCCCACUCUAGCCAGUUUAUCACUGCUUUAGUGACUUCGAGGAAUAAAAGAUGGCUUCUCACUGUGGUGUAUGCAAAUCCUUACCCAAUGAUCAGAGAAGCCUUGUGGAAGUACUUUGAUGAUCUUGCCCUUGUUUCUUCUUUAUGGCUUGUGCUAGGGGAUUUCAAUGAUAUUGCUAGUGCUGAUGAAAAAUGUGGUGGCAAUCUGAACCAUGGUGGUAAAAGCUUUGUUGAUUGGAUUGAUCGUAACCACCUCGUUGAUUUGGGCUUCUUUGGCGCUCAAUUCACUUGGUGUAAUAAAAGAAAUGUUGAGAGUAUUAUUUGGAAAAGGUUGGAUAGAGGUUUAUGCACUAUUAAUUGGCGUCUUCUAUAUCCCGAGGCUCAUCUAAUGCAUUUGCCUAGAGUGAAUGCUGACCAUUGUCCUAUUCUGGUUAGUCUUGAAUCCAACCACCGUCUUGACAAAGGUAAUGUCCCUUUUCGGUUUCAAGCCAUGUGGAUGUCGCAUAUUGAGUUCUCUACCUUUAUUGCUGAUUGUUGGAAUUCUGGUACUGGGCAUGCCGUCCAAAAAUCUGCUUGA